AUGGUGCAGGGCGACAAAGCAGCCCCCGGCGGCGCGGUCGAACUUGGCGGUGGCUGCGGAGGUUCGGCUCACCCUGCCCUGGCCUCGGACGACGAACGCGGCGCGGCGGCCAAGGGGGCGGGGGCGCAGGGCGCUUCCGACUCGCAGGAGCGCCGAGGCGACCUCAGCCCCUCAUCUUUACGUAACCGGCAGCGCCUCCGCACGCAGCCGCCACGGUCCCGAGCUCCGCCGCCCGCGCCGCCGCCUCUGGCUGCCGCGCUGUCCUGCGCUCGCGCGAUCCCCCCCGACGGGCGCGCCCACCGCUCCGAGCCGGCUUCCUUGGAAAGGUGCCACACGUGGCGGCCGCAAGUUUAUUCGACCGAAUACGCCCCCGAGGCGCCGGGAGAGGAAACUGCAAGAGAGGUACACGCCCUCCUCCGCCUCUCCCUGGAGUCAAAGACCCAGGACAUUCACCCGACCACCCCGACGCGGGUGGCAAGGGUCGGACCAAGCGCCACGUCUAAGAGACACUUUCCCCCCCAGAGUCCCCGGACGGUUUCUGAGCCCCUGCUCUGGCCGGUCCGCACCGUUUCGGCAUUCUCUUGCUCAGUAACAAUUUCGCAGAAUCCCAUCACGUCACAAUCUAAACCCCCUGCAAUUGGCCAGUGGGGAGGGUGAUUCAACUCUGUUUACUUUCUCCCCCUGCCAGUCAGGAGGGCCUUUUGGUGGAGAGGUGCGUCUAGAGCCGAGGCGUGCGGCCAAUCCGACUGUUCGGUUUCGGUGCCUCGUGCUACCCCUACAGCCCCGAACGCUGACAUUUAAAAGGGUAACAGCCCGGGGGCUGGCAAGGAGCUGGCACUGGUCUUCGGGAGUGCCUUCUAGGUCCGGUUAGCCGGCCCAGGCCUCCUGGCUCCGUCCCAGCUUGCGGAGCAGUGGGACUCACGUUCCCCUAGGUUCCCUAGUCGGUUGCGCCCCUUCUUGUGGCCAAAGAGAACUUCUGGUGCGGCUUUUCCAGCUUGCAAACAGUUAAGUGACUUCCUGCAAACGCUACAGUCCCAGCAACCAGCCUUCCAAUGAAAAAGUCUUGGCAGGAGUUCCAGUCCUGA